AUGAAGUCCAUUUUCCAAGGCGCUGCAGACCUGGUCGACCUCCAAGUUCCUUUACAUUUCUCCCAGUUGUGUGUUCCACUCAAUGAAUUUAUAAUUAGGGUUCUCUGUUUGAAUUUCCCCCCUUCAUGUUCAGACGAAGGCUGCGGCCUGCGUGAGCAGAAUCUGUGCGUCGGGACAAAGCUUUCGGGGAGGUCAAGAUGCGUCGCAGCUGGGAGCUGUUCUCCACGAUGUGAUCCCAGCGAUAUACGAUUUCCUGGCCGCUGGGGAUGCUACCUUUUGCGAGCUUCUCCGGGCUCGAGGGCUUGACAAUAGAUUGAAGUGUUAUUUGAGAGAAACUGUAGAAAAAUGAGGGUUGUUGUCAUUGUUGAUCAAAAUUUAUCAGGGGCAUGGCCGUGGAAGAUCCUUCUAUGCCAUGUGGCAUGAGACAUGCAAUGGAAGACAACCCUUAUGCAUCAGAUGGGCCCUUUAUCUGGUCAGCUAUCAAACAACGGGUCCAUUCUGCCAAAUCUGAUUUUGAGCUGCAAAAUUGGUGGGAUGCUAUACCCCACUGGUCAUGCGGUUAAAAGAAAUGAGUGUUGGUCGCCUAAACACAACAGAAAAGAGGACUUGCCUGUCAUACUUACUACUAUGAUCUGCACUGCAUCGGAGCAGCACUCAGCUACUAACUUUGGGCAAUACCUUUGGGUGGUGGGUCCUUAAUCGUCCUUCUUUCAUGAGAAGAUUGAUUCCUCAAGAAGAUGACUUUGAUUAUGAGAAGGUCAGACCGAAUCCGCAGGGGUUUUUCCUGUUAUCUUUGCUUACCAUGUUUCAAGCAUGUGAAGGAUGGCAAUGCAAGAGAGCUUGUCAUCUCAUUCCCCAGAUGAGGAGUAUUUGGGUCAGCUAUAAUCCUAUGGCAGUCACUGGAUUAAUGAUGAAGAUAUGCAGAAACUGUAAACAAAGUUUACUGAUCAGCUUAAGAGAUAGUGAAGAUGAUAAACCUCAGAAACAUGGACAUUCAACUUAAAAACAGAAGUGGUGCCGGUUCCUUCAUAUGAGCGUACUACUUCCAACUUAAGAGUCAGGGGUGAUAGAUCGUGGAAUCACUAAAAGCAUUUCUGCUUGAGGAGUUAUGAUUCGUUUGAAGCCGGUUUCUGUCUUUCCUGUACUUUUUAUGUCAUUGUUGUGGCAGUAUGAUUCCUUUACCAAGAUGUUCAACCAAAUAAUGUUAGUAUUUCCAGUUGGGGUGUUUUAAAUAAAGCUCGAAAGCUCCGUGAUAGAACUGAAGUAGCUAGAGGGUUCCUCACAUUUCGUUCUCACAUGACACUGUACUAGGCUUUGCUCAGCCUUUUGCCAUGCUGCUCCUUGUUAAGCAUCCAAUGAAAUUACUCGGUGUAGUUUCUUGUAUGGUGCAAACCUAAAAGUAAUUAGUUUGAUAAAAGUGGUUUCUGUUGCA